AUGGACGUCGAACGAUUAAUGAAAGACCUUACAGUCGAACAACUUCAUCACAUUCAAGGAAAUCUUCAGAUAGAAAUGGAGGGAAAAAAGGAGGAACUUCGAGAAAUGGUUGGACGUCGAUACCGUGAUGUUUUAGAGGCGUCCAGUGAGGUACGAAAUGUUAGGGAACUAGCCGAGAAACUCGCUGAAGCUGUUUCCAACGCUAGAGCGACGCAAUCGGUGGUUGAGGCGAGGCCUCUAUCGCGUGAACAACAAGUUUCUGUACAACGUUUCAUUGCAUUGCAUAGACUUCUUGCUAUGAUAGGAGAACCUGAUAGUGAUGCACUCAGCGAUGCAUUUGCUCUUACCUUGGCUGAACUCCUCCACAAACAACUCACUACAGAACCAUUGCCGCAAUCAAUGCAUUCUGUUGUUUCUGGUCUCACUGGAAGAAUAAUUCGUACGCGCCGCCAGCUUCUUGCUGACUUAGAAGAAGAAAUUGGUGAACUCUCAGAAACGAAUUGGGUGGCAAAUCAGCUUACAGCGUUGGCGUUACUCCAGGGAGCAGACCAUCAAAAACUUCUUGACAUUUACCUCGAAGGGAGAAAGCACUUCAUUGCCAAAAUCACGACUGAGUCAAGCUCUCUCUUAAAUGUGGUUAGCGAAAUGAAGCGGACAUUAGUAGUUGUUGAACAACUAUUCAUGCAAGGGGAACUAUUCCGAAUUAUUCAAGCUGCUGGAUGUCCUUCAUACCGACCAGCUCUCAUCGAUUCCUUGAUUGGCGACGAGGCAUUCUCAUUUGGCCGCAUGGUUACAACAGAAACUGAGAAGGUGACCAAGCAACUCAGAGAAUCGAAAGCCAGCCCUUUGCUGCCACAAAAGAUCAACGUAAUGUGCUCAGAGUGGAUUAGUCAAGUAUGCAGCUUUACUCGUGAACAUGUGAUAUCAAUUUGUGAAUUCUAUGAGAAAGCAAGCGAUAUCAUCGAAUUCCUUAAUGCUCUCAGUGGGAUACUGCGUGUGGAUUGGCCACGGGUCAGCUCUUAUUCGACUAUAUAUCAAAACUUAUUUGGUGAUAUAGUGUUCGAAAAAUUUACGAACAUCAUCUCUCGUGAUUUGUGUGCUUUGGAAAAACGCUUCACUUCCAUGUUAAAAUCAAUUAAUCUUGCUCCUUCCCCUAUGUUCGAGAAAACCUCAAACAAAUUCGAUCCUCUCGUUGGAAUGGGAAUUUCUUCAACAUUGGAAAGAUCUAUUUCUUCGUUUUAUGCGGGCGUACAGGAAGCUCGUGAUUGUUGCGCGAAAUAUGAGCAAGUAGAAAUGGAUUCGCAACCGGAACGAGUGCGGGAGAAGCUUGCAACUGAACUUUUCUCCGUUAUUGAACGGUUGGCAAAUAUGAUUCCUCGUGACGGCGAUGGUAAUUCCUCAGCCGAAUUAUCGAGGGCUCGCCUAUGUUUGGCCCUCCUUCACUGCGACUCUGGUGCAUUCUGUCAGGCAAUGAACAAAGAUGGAGAACGCAUUGCCAAAGCCAGCCGUCUACUGAAAGCAGCCGCCGAGGAUUCGUUGAGGUACGGUUUAAACAUGUUUUAUUACUUAAGAGCAUGA